UGAGACGGCUGGGAUGGCGGCAGCCGGGACGCCGGGCGGGACCUAGAGCUUCCCGCCUGUCGCUAGCCCUGAGGCUUUUUGCCUUUUCUUACCCUGCUUCCACACGGCCCUGGCUAGGGCAGGGCAGCGCGCCCCCGGGGAGGGGCGGAGCUGUAGAUAUGGUGUAAGAUAUUUCUUGAAGACUGGACAGCUGAGGACCUGUUAUUUCUGAUUAGCCUUAAGCAGACUUACAGCCAUAGAGAAACCUCACGGAGUUCCAUACCUUUCCUGGGACCUAAAUUCAUCUUGUAACCAUGUAUGGAAGUGCUCGCUCAGUUGGGAAGGUGGAACCAAGCAACCAGAGCCCUGGGCGUUCACCUAGGCUUCCACGUUCCCCUCGCUUGGGUCAUCGUCGAACCAAUAGUACAGGAGGAAGUUCUGGAAGCAGUGUUGGAGGUGGCAGUGGGAAAACCCUUUCAAUGGAGAAUAUCCAAUCCUUAAAUGCUGCCUAUGCCACAUCUGGCCCAAUGUACUUAAGUGACCAUGAAAAUGUGGGUUCAGAAACACCUAAAAGCACCAUGACACUUGGCCGUUCUGGGGGACGUCUGCCGUACGGUGUUAGGAUGACUGCUAUGGGCAGUAGUCCCAAUAUAGCUAGCAGUGGGGUUGCUAGUGACACCAUAGCAUUUGGAGAGCAUCAUCUCCCUCCUGUGAGUAUGGCAUCUACUGUUCCUCACUCUCUUCGUCAGGCAAGAGAUAACACAAUCAUGGAUCUGCAGACACAGCUAAAGGAAGUAUUAAGGGAAAACGACCUCUUGCGGAAAGAUGUGGAAGUAAAGGAGAGCAAAUUAAGUUCUUCGAUGAAUAGUAUCAAGACCUUCUGGAGCCCAGAGUUGAAGAAAGAACGAGCCCUCAGAAAAGAUGAAGCUUCCAAAAUCACUAUUUGGAAGGAACACUAUAGAGUUGUGCAGGAGGAAAACCAGCACAUGCAAAUGACAAUCCAGGCUCUCCAGGAUGAAUUACGGAUCCAAAGAGACCUGAACCAGCUGUUUCAGCAAGAUAGUAGCAGUAGGACUGGGGAACCUUGUGUGGCAGAGCUGACAGAAGAGAAUUUCCAGAGGCUACAUGCUGAACAUGAAAGACAGGCCAAAGAGCUGUUCCUUCUUCGAAAGACUUUGGAGGAAAUGGAACUGCGUAUUGAGACUCAGAAGCAAACCCUGAAUGCUCGGGAUGAAUCCAUUAAGAAACUUCUGGAGAUGUUGCAGAGCAAAGGACUUUCUGCUAAGGCUACAGAGGAAGACCAUGAGCGAACAAGACGGCUGGCAGAGGCAGAGAUGCAUGUCCACCACCUAGAAAGCCUUUUGGAGCAGAAGGAAAAAGAGAACAAUAUGUUGAGAGAGGAGAUGCAUCGGAGAUUUGAGAAUGCCCCUGAUUCUGCCAAGACAAAAGCUCUGCAAACUGUUAUUGAAAUGAAGGAUUCAAAAAUUUCCUCUAUGGAACGUGGGCUUCGAGACUUGGAGGAGGAAAUUCAGAUGCUGAAAUCUAAUGGGGCUUUGAGUACUGAAGAACGGGAGGAAGAAAUGAAGCAAAUGGAGGUCUAUCGGAGUCAUUCUAAAUUUAUGAAAAAUAAGGUAGAACAACUGAAGGAGGAACUAAGUUCGAAAGAGGCUCAAGGGGAGGAGCUGAAAAAGAGAGCGGCUGGUCUUCAGGCUGAGGUCUUUGCCAUUGGUCAGGUGAAGCAGGAGCUCUCCAGAAAGGACACAGAACUACUAGCUCUGCAGACAAAGCUAGAAACCCUCACGAACCAGUUCUCAGACAGCAAGCAGCACGUUGAAGUGCUGAAGGAGUCCUUGACUGCCAAGGAGCAAAGGGCUGCCAUCCUGCAGACCGAGGUGGAUGCUCUUCGAUUGCGUUUGGAAGAGAAGGAAACCAUGCUGAACAAGAAGACAAAACAAAUUCAGGAUAUGGCUGAGGAGAAAGGAACACAAGCUGGUGAGAUACAUGACCUCAAGGACAUGCUGGAUGUGAAGGAGCGGAAGGUGAACGUUCUUCAGAAGAAGAUUGAAAAUCUUCAAGAGCAACUUAGAGAUAAGGAAAAACAGAUGAGCAGCUUGAAAGAACGUGUCAAAUCCUUGCAGGCUGAUACCACCAACACUGACACUGCCUUGACAACUUUGGAGGAGGCCCUGGCAGAGAAAGAGCGGACAAUUGAACGCUUAAAGGAGCAGCGGGACAGAGAUGAGCGAGAGAAGCAAGAGGAAAUUGAUAACUACAAAAAAGACCUUAAAGACUUGAAAGAAAAAGUCAGCCUAUUGCAAGGCGACCUCUCAGAAAAAGAGGCUUCACUGUUGGAUCUGAAAGAACAUGCUUCUUCCCUGGCUUCCUCAGGACUGAAAAAAGACUCCCGGCUAAAGACGCUGGAGAUUGCUUUGGAGCAGAAGAAGGAGGAAUGUCUGAAAAUGGAAUCACAGUUGAAAAAGGCACACGAGGCAACAUUGGAAGCUAGAGCUAGUCCAGAGAUGAGCGACCGAAUACAACAAUUGGAGAAAGAGAUUGCCAGGUACAAAGAUGAAUCUAGCAAGGCCCAGGCAGAAGUUGAUCGCCUCUUGGAAAUUUUGAAGGAGGUGGAAAAUGAGAAAAAUGACAAAGAUAAGAAGAUCGCUGAGUUGGAAAGUCUCACCUCAAGGCAAGUGAAAGACCAGAAUAAGAAGGUAGCAAAUCUGAAGCACAAGGAGCAGGUUGAAAAGAAGAAGAGUGCACAGAUGCUAGAGGAGGCUCGGCGAAGGGAGGACAGUCUCAAUGACAGCUCUGCACAGCUUCAGGACAGUCUCCGUAAGAAGGAUGACAGAAUUGAAGAGCUGGAAGAAGCACUAAGAGAGAGUGUACAGAUAACUGCAGAGCGAGAAAUGGUGCUAGCACAAGAGGAAUCAGCCAGGACCAAUGCUGAAAAACAGGUGGAGGAGUUAUUGAUGGCCAUGGAGAAAGUAAAGCAGGAACUAGAGUCCAUGAAAGCAAAGCUGUCUUCUACUCAACAGUCUCUGGCAGAAAAGGAAACUCAUUUGACCAAUCUUCGGGCAGAGAGAAGGAAACACUUAGAGGAAGUUCUGGAGAUGAAGCAAGAAGCUCUUCUGGCUGCCAUUAGUGAAAAAGAUGCCAAUAUAGCUCUUUUGGAGCUUUCAUCCUCUAAGAAAAAAACUCAGGAGGAAGUGGCUGCAUUGAAGCGGGAGAAGGAUCGUCUGGUGCAGCAGCUCAAGCAGCAGACUCAAAAUCGAAUGAAGCUUAUGGCCGACAACUAUGAGGAUGAUCACUUUAGAUCCUCCCAUUCCAAUCAAAGCAAUCAUAAACCCUCCCCAGACCAGAUCAUCCAGCCCCUCUUAGAACUUGACCAAAAUAGAAGCAAAUUAAAAUUGUAUAUUGGACACCUGACAGCCCUGUGCCAUGACCGAGACCCCCUGAUCCUUCGUGGGCUCACUCCACCAGCUUCGUAUAACUUGGAUGAUGACCAGGCAAAUUGGGAGAAUGAGCUGCAGAAGAUGACCCAGGAACAGCUUCAAAAGGAGUUGGAGAAAGUUGAGCAGGACAAUGCAGAGCUGCAGGAGUUUGCCAAUGCCAUUCUCCAGCAGAUAGCAGAUCACUGCCCCGACAUCCUGGAGCAGGUGGUCAAUGCAUUGGAAGAGUCGUCCUAACUCUGCUUCACAGAGCGUGGCAAGCCCAGCAGCCCAAAAUAGUGUGCCCAGGAGCCAAGAAAAGAUAACUGCAAGGAACAGGCACCCCGCAAACACCAUGAACUCUGUCCUGCCUUGGUUAGUCCUUCAAGUGUGAUUCCAGCACCUUUCUACAAGUCUGUCAUCUUACUCUGCCUUUCUACUUGGGAUGUUUUCUCUACAGUUAUUUUUUUGAUGUCCUGGGUGGGUAAGUGACCAAGUCUCCACGAAGAACUGCCAUCUAGUCAUCAACAGUGAAGAACUCCAGAAGCUGGUGGCUCUGCCCUCACAGAGGAACAUGGAGUAGGGAGCCUCUUACCUUCUGUCCGUGACCUGAGCACUAAAUCUGGAACCUGCUUGAAGUUCAACAUCCUGAGAGAAGAGAGCUGAGUGUCCUAAUAUCACAAUAGGUGCUUUCUCCUAAAAAGGUAUAAAAAAAUCAAAGAUAUUAUUAGAAAAAGAGAGGACAGGGACAAAGAGAAAACCAACUCUUCUUUUUACAGUCUCUGUGUUUACUUUCCAUCUGCAAUGUCUCGUGCAGGUGAGCUGCAAGCAGGCCUCCCUGUGGCUCCACGAGCACUAAUGCCCCAGCCUGCCCUUCUCACUUACCUGCACUCUUUCCUUGGCCAGUUAGCAAGAGAACAGUGCAAGCAGUUCUCCCCCUAGCCCCUCUCAUUUGUAAGACCUAUGGCCUUUUACUUAGUUUGCCAGAUGGUGUCUCUGAUGGAAAGAGAAUUGGGGUUUACAUGAGGAUUGUCAUCCCCAGCUCUGCAUAUGCAGAUGAGCGUUCCUCAGGGUCAGGCUGGUUUCUCCUGAACAUCUUUCUCAUCAGGCCCCUGAGCCCCCCAAAAAUGCUUCUGCCUUCCCACCGCCGUGCCCCAAGCUCUUGCAGCCCAGCGCUCACCAAACUUCAUGACCCACCUUCUACCCUUACAGCCUUACUCGUGAUUCGCACUCCUAGAACUUUGUCGUCGUGCAUUGCCUGGAACCUCCUUCUGGUCCAAAUGAAUGUUCCUCAUCCCCCACACUUUCCUUCCUCCAUUCUUCCAUUCAGAGAAUAUUUAUGAAAUGCCUACUGUUAGGCAGUCAUCCUUGAAAAACAGUGAGGGAGAGGUAUAAAGGAUUCUAUGAGACGUACCUACCUAAGUCAAAGUGGUAAAAGGCACACCAUUCCCCUCCUCCAUCUUAAUAGAAGUAUCUUUUUCCAGAAAAGUCUUUCACAAACAGCAUUUCUCAUUUCUCACUCUAAUGGAAUUAAUGAGUUGGGGGCUGAGGACUGAGCCACUUACUUGCCUGCAGGAUCCCAUUUAGUGAUGCAGGAUUUUUGUUUAUGCUAUUACCCUCGGAGGGUGUGCUGUGCAGGGGUCUGUGGUGGUGGGUAGUGUUUUCUUAACACAUCUGUGCACUCCUCAUGGAAUUUGGCCAGCUCCAUGUCACAAAUCAGAAAAUUGACCCCAAAGUUGCAAAUCCACUUGAGGUAUUGGCAUUUUGAAGGGCAGUUUUCCCAAGCAUGGACAAUGGCAGUCAUAAAUAAUCAGGCACCAAGAAAUCGACCACUUAACCAAAAUCUAGGCCUUUGACCACCUGUGUGGCCAGACGCCCACAUCUUCAAAAAAGAGUUGCUGGGCUAAAUAUCUUUGUCUUGUAUUUUCUCCUUUGCCCUUUCCCAGUCACUCACCCAGAGAAUCUGAUGCUGCCUGUAAAAUCACAGCCAUCAGUUCAGUACCUUCCCACCAGUAAGCCUUGACUAUCUCAUUAACUUACAUGGUGAGAUCUCCAGCUGUCCUGACUGCCUGCUCCCCUUGAAGCUGUAGUGUGUUCCUUAUCAAAGGUUUAAAUGGACUCUGCUCAUAAACUUCUUACGGAGAUGCUUCCUGAUAGCAAGCCUGGCCAGAAUGGGGGUACAGGGGUUAGAUAUUAAGUGGUGGUCAAUUACCUCAAUUCCGUUUAUUUAUUGCACUGCCCAUAAAUCAUGUAGAUAGCCCCUAGUAUUUUAUGGCUGGAGUAUUAGAAUCUCACUUUAAAUACUAUGAUGCAAAGAACUGAGGUAGGACAGCACCCUUCACAGGACUGCCCCAGAGCAGAGGAAGCAGAGGGGGCCACGCUCAGAGAAGUGGCCUGGCCUGGCCUGGUGCCGGCUGGCUGUGGUCUGGCAAGGAUGGCAUCAGUCAGGUCUCUCCCUGGGUCCCACUGAUUCUGCCUUUACCAUCAAAUACAACUCCUGCCACUCUUGCCUACAUGUUGGCGUGACUCUCACUGCACCGUCUUCCUUUCCCUUCUACUUUCAGCCCUUCCCAUUGCACUCCCUCUAAACCCUUAUGGGAGUUCUCUAGAUAAGUGCUGCUGAGAAGAAAAAUUUCCGGUCUCUAUGAACCAUAGCAGGGAAUCUCAUUCAUUCUUCCUAGUAUAUGAGGACUGCCCAGUCCUUAAUGAAAAUAGGCUCUGGCUAAAACUUAAUGGUGAAUAUGACCUGCACUUAUAAGGGCAAAGUCAAUACAGUUUCGAGCAUUUAGAGUAUCUUAUUGAGUUUAGCUCAUUCAGUGACCUAGCAUUUACUAAAUGCACAAUUCCUGUCAUACAAGCACCUGUCAUUCCGUGACCUUCUUGUGGUAUUCAAAGUUUCACAAGGUCACUCAACUACUACUGAAGGUCUGUAGCCUUGAAAACUCACUGCAGGUUGCCUAUGGAGUUCACUAAACCCAUCCAUUCCAUUGGCAAGUCUAGUUUCCCCUUAACAUCUGUGCCCCAAAUGAAGAUCAUCCUAAAGGGGACAAGAAGAGCGGGUGGAAUCCAACCGGAGCUCAUGAUUGAAGAGAUACAAUGUGACUUUCAUCUUUGCAUAUACCUCUACCCCAGGUGCUCAUUGAGUUCUUGGUGAAGUAUCUGAAUUGAGAUUUAUAAGGAUGUUGGAUACCAUUUGAAAUAGAAAAGACUUUAAAUGGGCUUUAAAAUAGUAAGAAAUAUGAGUGGGAAUCCCAAAAUUCAUCUCAAUUCUAACCUUUGAUCUUGUACAUUACAACCUAAAGAAGAUCUAAGUUCUUUUCUCUUUUUCUUACACUUGAGCUUUAAAAAUACUAACAAGGCAGACUGGACCCAAGACUACCUUCAGUGUCAAUAGUGGCAGUGUGACUUGGCACUUUUUGUCAAUGAAAGUAUUUGGUUUUCCACGAGGAGCUCAUUGGCUCACCCAUCCUCAGAGUGAGAGAGAGAAAAGGAAGAGACAUCAUCACAGAGUUUCAGUCAACUGGGGAACAAGCCUGUCGAUGGCCAGGACUGGCAUUUGGAUUUGCUGCUAGAGAGUCCCGCUGACCCCAGAGCCAUCCCACCUUCUUGUUUGACCCCAUUACUUAAGCAGGGGCCCACUGGCUACCCUCAGAGUCUUUGAGGAAAGAGCAAAUCAAGGAAUAUGUCACUGCAUAGAAUGUGACCCUCACAUGACACUAAGUUUCAGUGGACCCCGUGUCAGCAAUAUCAGUGACUUUCACGUCUGCCUCCCCAGCCUCAUCUCCCUACCUGCAAAAGUUCAGAACUGUGGGGAAGGAGAUGAGAAGAGGAUGCAGGCAGCUCGCCACCCUUUGCAGAACCUGCAAGGCCACCCACCCAUGAUCCAUCACUGCCAGUCCCUGGGCUUCUCAGGACAGUGACUUGAGAGAAAUGUUUUUGAGUGACUUAAAGAAAUGUUUUAAAAGAAUCUGGAGUUUUCCACCAGGUGAACUAAGGGAAUACUUGGGCAAGAAAAAAAAAACAUACAUUACAAGGAAAUCCUUCUGAACAAAAUGGCUGUCUUUACUUACUUACUCUUUUUAAGCAAAAACAAUUUCCAGACUUUUUAGUGUCAAAACUGUAACCAAGUGUCUCCUGAUUUUCCCCCAAUGUAUUAGCGAGUGCUGUGACCCUAAUGUAGGUGUUUCUUCUCCCGACUCUGUUGGAGGAGAGGUGGUUUUAGGGACUGAUGGUGGGGGUGCGGGUUUUGUCCCACCUCACCUCCUCUUCUGUUUCUCUGCUUGUCUAUAUUGUCUGUGUGGUUCCGAGAAUUUGGGCAGUUACAUUGUGUCCAUUGUUGAGAUUAUUAAGAUAUUAAGAAGUAGUUGUAGAACUGAAAAAUUAAAGAGCUGUGUUUAAGAAAAUGCAAACCAAUAUCAUGUUAAAGGAAUUCAAGCUAUGGGGCAGCCAAACUCUUCCCCUCCUCCCAAGUUGGCUCAGGUGGCUGGGCUGGCCACUUGGGAAGCACAAGGGCCACAGUCCAGGUAGGUGACCUCCUGGCUGGACAACAGCUGCUGAGGGAAGGGAUGGGGGUCUGGGGCUCAGAGUCCCAGCUGUGCCAGCGUUUUCCUAUACACCCUCAGGCCCUCUGGGUAGAGGUUUCAGUUUGUGACCCCAUAACCACUGUCACCCCCACAUUGGCCCAAGCUCCCUGUGCCUAAUAUUGUGUGGUGACCUGGGCUUGACCCUGAAGCCCCACACCUGGCAGCAGCCCUGUACAGGCCACAGAACCUUCUUCCUGCCCACUUGGUGCUAUAUCAUCCAGUGACUGUCCAGUAUGGGCUGAGCACUGUCCAGCCUAGGGGCUGCAGUCCCGGGGAAUGAAUUGUACUGGGAUCUCAGUUCCUUUUGGCUUCAGUCCUAGAUUCUUUCCUUUAAAAAUUUUUUAGACCCCAGAUCUCUUGGGCCAGGCCAUCUGUCUUGGCCCCUGAGAUGUCGUGUUCAGGAAAGGAAGUGGACCUUGCCGAAGCCAGAGAAUCGGGCCCUGGGCCAGAGCCAGCCCUCUCAGCCUAGCCCUUGCGACCACACCACACCAGUAUUGCAUCGCCCUCCAGUGCGGCUAGGCCCACAGGGGGCAGCACGCCACCCAUUCUGGCCUGCCUGCCACAUGCAGGACUAGCCCCAGAACCUGCCCGCACACCAGGAUGUCCAGGAUAGAGACCUGGGGUCUCCUUGGGCUUCCACCCCUCUGCUGCAGAAGAGAAUGCCGCACUUUAGCUAGGAGCUGGGGGCACUGGCCACUGACUCCUUGUAGCUUGAGUUCCUUUCGGCGACAGUAGCAGCUGCAAUGGUGGUGUCUGUGAUGCAAAUGCACCCGCUGCCUUCCCGUAUGUGUGAGUGUGUGUGUGUGUGUGCGCGAGCAUGUGUGGUGGCUGGAGUCGUGUUACUGACAAGAUAAUGACACUACAAAGAAAUUGUGUUAUAGUCAACUUUGCCUUGAUAAUUAUUGUAAACACUUUGUUCAUUUUUUCUUUUUUAUUCACAAACUAAAUCCAUCAGGAAAUUAUGAAAUUA